UUGUUUUUAUUGUUAUUGUUUGAAAUAAAUAUUUUCAGAUUUUAAGAAAUGGAAAUUAACAGUCAAGGUUACAUAUCCACUGAAAAUAGCAGGGACAGUGUGUAUGACCAGAAUGUUCCUGGGACCCCUAGGCUUCAUUCUUUGGAUUUUACCAUUGGUCCAGAUAUUCAGACAGUUCCAUGUUCCCCCUUCUCUCAGAGUCCACUCAACAGUCAGGAGUUUUUCGUCUCAUCCCAGGAACAAACACCACCUCCUUCUCCAUCCAACCAUCCUCCGCCUUUUCAGUUAAACCAUCUGCCAUUCUCUCCGCCCUUCGUGACGUCCAGGUUUCCGCCGGCGGUUCCUCCGCCGACAAGAUUAAUAAGACAAACUUCGGCUCAAGGAAUACCAGGUUGGAUCCUCCUGGAUCACAACCCGUGCCAGGAGCAGAAUCCGUCCCUGGAGCAUUUUCAGUUUGUUCCUCAAGUCCAGCUAGAGUCUCCAGAUUUGCAGUCCACGCCGCAGUUUAGAUCUCUUCUAUCUGGACGUUUGCGUGACUGUUCUCAGGACCAGUUGGUCCCUGGAACCCCCAUCAAUACUUCUACACCUAUACCUACCUCAACCCUACUCAACCAGGUCCCAGAAACCCCCAUCAAUACUUCUACUCCUAUACCAACCUCAACCCUACACAACCAGGUCCCAGAAACCCCCAUCAAUACUUCUACUCCUAUACCAACCUCAACCCUACACAACCAGGUCCCAGGAACCCCCAUCAAUACUUCUACUCCUAUACCAACCUCAACCCUACUCGACCAAGCUUUAUUUACGCCUAGUCAUAGUUCCAUCCCGGAGAAUCAAGCUGAAACUACUCCUAGUCCCAUUAUAUAUCCAAACCUAUCUCCUUCAUCUACUCCUGUGUCUAGUUCAACUCCCUCUGCUGCCCAAUUCAAUCCCAGUUCAUUUCCGAAUACCCUGUCAACUCCCUUAUGUUUUCCUAGGCCUCAACAUGCAGUAUUUCAAACUCCUAAAUCUUCUCCGUCCGUCUCUUAUAAAUCGAACCGCACUCCUAAAACUUCUCCGUCCUUCUGUUCUAAAUUCAACCGCACUCCCAACUCAUCUCCGUCCUUCUCCUCUAAAUUCAACCGCACUCCAAACCCAUCUCAGUCCUUCUCUUCUAAAUUCAACCGCAAUCCUAAAACUUCUCCGUCCUUCUCUUCUAAAUUCAACCGCACUCCCAACCCAUCUCCGCCCCUUUCUUUUAAAUUCAACCGCACUCCUAAACCUUGCUCCUCCAAAUCAUUAAAGCAGGGAAAUCUAACUCCGCUAAAGGCUUCAAGGUUCCUGAAAGAUUCUCCGCCGAUUGUGAGCGGAUUCAAGAUUCUAGGUUCUCCGCCCAAUACUCCUGGAAUAGGUUCUACUCCUGAACAUAUCUCCAGUACCGCUCUUGAGCAUGAGAAAGGUUCUGUUCCUGACACAGAAAAGGGAGGGAUAUCCAUGUCAAGAUCAAUAAAUCAUAAACCAAAUUGGAGAGAUUUAUUCCCUGAUUCUGAGGAUGAUGAAUGGUAACCUAGUGGCCUUUCGGCCUAGUAGCCUAGCUGGUGACCUAUUGGCCUUGUGACCUUUCGGCAUAGUUCCAAAGCCAGUGGAACUGAAAUAAUUGAAAAUUAAAACCCUGGUUUUGAUUUUGAACCGGAAAUAUGUAAUGAAAUAAUAUUUUGUUUACAACGUCCAUACUGGCGGCUAGUCAUAUUUAGUCAAGAAAAUUCUAGAUAAGAUUAUUAUAAUUAUUAUUUUUUGUAAGACAUCGUU